UUCACAGAAGCAGGGUCAAGUCGUUAUCAAGUAGAGAAACAACUCACGAUGAAGCCAAUCAAUACUCUCUUUAUGGAGCACUAAAACAGUAUUACCAAAACGUUUUUGGGAAUCAAGCUACCGAACACACCCAAAACACAUUGAACGUUAUCUACGUAGCUUAAUCUAUGGUCUGUUUGGGUCGACCCAGCUGUCUCUAAUCAAUAGAUCGUGUUGAUACCGGUAAUCCGUAGUCUUGCUUCGGACGCCGCACAUUUCGGUAGCUGCUGUGGUGGAUAAUGGUGCGCACUAGAAUUCGGUAGUGAUGUUUUCGAUUUCCAGAAUCAACAGCAAUCGUCCGCUGGUUAUUGCAAUUUUCGCGGCACUAGUAGUGUUCUACCUCGUGUAUCUGACCGUGAGCCAAUCCGUGACUUUUUCCGCGCUACAGUCCAGCUUGAACGCGAAGAUCGCCGCGCUGCGCAACACAGAAACAACGACCAGUGAGCCGGAGAAAGUCGUCGAUCGAGAUAUUGUUCACCUACCGAACGUGCAGAACGAUGAGUUGGAGUUUCGUUCUGGGAAGAACAUCUUCUUCAUCGUGUCCACACUGUCUCCGGAGGGUGUGAUCAAGCUGACCGCCAGGCAGGCCUGUGCCAUCGAAUCAGCGGCCCGAUCCAACGCGGAUUGGAAGGUUUUCCCACUGUUUGUGGCGACCACGUGGUUCAACUCUUCGAACAAUGAGUUCAUUAGUCCUCUUCUUCACUACUGCAAUAUUCACAUGAGAUACAUUGACUUGGAAACGUUUGCCUACGGAACUCCACUGGAGAGUCUUUUCGCCAAGCAUGCUCUUCAAAACUCGAGCUACAUAGUUGAACACACAGCGGAUGUUCUGCGUCUGUUGGUACUCUACAAGUACGGGGGAACCUACCUGGACACGGAUGUGAUCGUGCGCCGAUCCUUUGACCUGCUGCUGCCCAACUACCUCGGCUCGGAAGGCAGUGGCUACGUGGCAAACGGAGUCAUCAACCUGGAAGCCACCGGCUACGGGCAUCGCUUUGCCGAGUCGUGUCUCAACGACCUCGCGGAGCACUUUGACGGCAAGGUUUGGGCCGCCAACGGACCGUUCAUGGUGACGCGGAAUCUCCAGAAGUUUUGCAACGUGUCCGAGGUGGCCAACAUGACCCGGGCACGGUGCGGUGGCCAGCUGUCCGUUCACCCACCGGACGUGUUCUACCGGAUUCGGUACCCGCGGCACGAUUGGUUCUUCUACCCGGAGCGUACCGAGGCGGUGAUGACGUCAAUCAAGGAUGAUAUUUUGGUGCACAUGUGGAACAAGGCGACGAGCGGAAUCCAGCUGAAGGUGAACAGUACGGCUGCAUACGUGAAGCUUGCGCACGAGUACUGUCCAAAUGUGAUAAAAAGGUGUGAUGAGUUCUUUUAGUGAAUGGAUGGAUUGUUUUGUCGAGUAUCGAUUAG